CACCUUGCCCUUCCAAUCUUACUCAAAAACUCAAACGCACUCCUUCGCUUCUCUCUCAUCUUUGUUUCGAGUUCAGAACUUCAGUUCAGAUCAAAGGAGAAACUACUUUUUUAAGAUUCAGAUAUGGCACUGGAUGCUCUCAACUCUCCAACUACAGCAACUCCAUCCUUCCAAUUUGAGGAUUCCAGUGGUCUUCAUAGCUACUUGGCUGAGCCAUGGACCAAGCGCAAGCGAUCUAAGCGUUCUCACCACCAACCCACUGAGGAAGAGUAUCUAGCUCUUUGCCUUGUUAUGCUUGCUCGUGGUACCACUGCCUCAACUUCUACCUCGACCUCCACCGCCUCACACCGCCACCGCUCCCCUACUCCAUCUCGACAGAUUCCAGCUGCGUUGAACAACUCAGAGGAGAAGCCUAGCUAUAAGUGUUCCGUCUGUAACAAGGCCUUUUCUUCUUACCAAGCGUUAGGCGGUCACAAGGCAAGUCACAGGAAACUCGCAGGAAACGAAGACCAAUCAACUUCAACUACCGCGACCAGUUCCGCCACAGCUACUGUAUCUAACGGAAGCGGUAAGACUCACGAGUGCUCUCUCUGCCACAAGUGCUUUCCGACAGGACAGGCUCUCGGUGGCCACAAGAGGUGUCACUACGAAGGCGGUUCAGCAGCGGCUGAAAAGAGUGGAGUAACUUCAGUCUCUGAAGGCGUUGGCUCAACUAACACUCACAGUCUAAGCCAGAGCCAACGUGAAUUUGACCUUAACCUCCCAGCCUUGCCGGAAUUUGCAGCGGAUUUCUUUAUCUCCGGUGACGAUGAAGUUAUGAGCCCACUGCCGGUGAAAAAGCCCCGUCUUUUGGUAGCGCCCAAAAUCGAAGUCUAAAAGAUCAGUAGGAAAAAUUAUAGGACUUUUGCAGUCAAUUCCUAAUUAGGAAAAUGGAUUUAAUUAGUUAGGCGAGAUUAAUGAAACAUGUUCCUCCUUUUCUUCUUCUUAUUUAAAUUUUUUUCUGUAAAUAGCAGUUGAACUCUCUGUUUCAGUUGUCAGACUUGAAAUAUUCAAUUCAAUGGAUUCUUUUUUUUAA